UAUCAAUCAUGAAAUAAAUCUGGACUCUUUAAUAUACUGGUGAUCAUGUUUGGAAAUAACAAUCAUACACCAGGUUAUUUUGAUGAUAUUAAUACAAACAAUAGACUUAUACAAACCAAUCAUCCUGUACCAUAUAAAUCUUCAGAAUUAAAUAUUAACUUAGAAGAUUCAAGAAAUAUAAACAAUAAUCUGCCUACAGAUCCUUCACAAACAUUAUCUAAAUCUCUAGAACUGAGUCGUCAACGUGUAUCAUUAUUAUUAGAGAUCAACACUAUUCUUCUACAGAAAUGUAUAGAACUCCAAAAUACAGAAAACAAUAAAAAAGAACAAUCAGAGACAUCAGAAACAUCAGAAUCAAUCAUGACAGGAUAUAUUCAACGUCUUCAAACAAAUCUUUCAUAUCUUGCAGCAGUUGCAGACAAUUCUUACAGAAAUGAAGAAAAUUAUUUGUAUAAAAAUCCUAUAAUAUUUUCUGCACCAUUAAAUGUUUAUUCACUUAUUGAACCUUAUGAAAAACUAAAAUCUCUUUUUUUCAUCAAAAAAAAUUCACCUUCUUUAUAAUUUUUAUCAUCUAACAUUCUUUAUUAGAAACAUCAAAAUAACAC